CUGCUUCAAACUGAUAUAUCUGUCAGGUGUGCUACUAGCUGAUAUAUCAAUUUGGCUGGCUUGUUUUGCCCUUCCCUGCUUCUCCCUAUUACAUCAGUUCUGCCACUAUCUCCAUCUGUAGGCUGUUUAUAGAAGCUGCAGUGUCCUUCAAAGCUGAUAGAGGGCAUAGAACUUCACUUUUAUCAUUUUAACUUAUAACUACUCAGGCUACCUGUAUGUCUGUCCCAUCCCCUUUUUUUAUUGUGGAUGGCCAUCAUUCUCAUUACCUGAAAUUUUACCCUCUAGUAUAUUUUCAAGAGAAUAGUUGUGUGCAUGAAUAUGGCGAGAAAAAUUUAUUCUGAACAAGAAUUGUUGGAACUUUCAAGGGGUGUGAGCAAAAGUGAAGCGGAGUUUUCUUCGGAUGAAGACGAGGAUUCUGAAUAUCUUUCCCAAAAUAUUGGAGAAACACUGGGAACCAGUGGAAUGUCUAGUGCUAAAAUGAUAAACGGUAGAACUGAAAAAAUAUUCAGCACACGGGACACUUCAGGUGCUAAGCUAUCCUGCACCACUCUAUCCUCUAACCACUAG